UUGAUUUUUUUCUGCCAUUAUCAGUUUUAAUUUUCUUCCUUACGUUCUUCAAAUGGCAUAGCUAGAGAGAAAGGAUACGAACCGAUCGUCUACUCACUUGGCCGUUUCUCGAAACAUUGGAUUUCCCUUGAUUCGCCGGAGAAGAGCCAUGAAAACCUCUCUCCGACGGUUGCGAGGGGUGCUUCACAGGCACGAAUCUAAGGAUCCGAGAGAUCUCCGAGCUCUUGUUCAGAACGACGAGCUGGCCCAGGCUUCGCAGGACGUGCAAGAGAUGAGGGAUUGCUAUGAUAGCUUGCUCUCUGCUGCGGCUGCUACUGCUAAUAGCGCAUAUGAAUUUUCUGAAUCUUUGCGAGAAUUGGGUGCUUGUCUUCUUGAGAAAACUGCUUUAAAUGACGAUGAAGAAAGUGGUAGAGUGUUGCUUAUGCUGGGAAAGUUGCAGUUUGAACUGCAAAAACUUGUUGAUAAAUAUCGGUCUCAUAUAUUCCAAACAAUCACAAUCCCCUCAGAGUCACUUCUUAAUGAACUCCGCAUAGUUGAGGAAAUGAUGCGGCUUUGUGAUGAGAAAAGGAAUGUUUAUGAAGGGAUGCUUGCAAGACAGAAGGAGAAAGGGAGGUCGAAGGCUGGGAAAGGAGAAUUUUUUUCGACUCAGCAGAUACAAGAAGCUCAUGAUGAAUAUGAUAACGAGACAACUUUAUUUGUUUUCCGCUUAAAAUCCUUAAAACAAGGGCAAACACGUAGUCUUUUGACUCAGGCAGCACGGCACCAUGCAGCACAGUUAUGCUUCUUCAAGAAGGCUCUUAAUUCCCUUGAAGAAGUUGAGCCACAUGUGCAGAUGGUAACUGAGUCGCAGCAUAUUGAUUACCAUUUCAGUGGAUUAGACGAUGAUGAUGGGGAUGAUGAAAUCGAAAACAAUGACGACGAUGGUUCUGAGGUGCAUACUGAUGGAGAGUUGAGUUUUGAAUAUAGAGAGAAUGACAAGGACAACCAUGCGGAUUCUUCACCCGUUCUCUCCUCAGAGUGCAUGCAGUUGGGUCAGUCAGACAUCACGUUUCCACUAGUUGCAGGACCAAACACUGUGCAGAAACAUGAGGAAGGAAAUUACAGGAAGUCUUAUUCUUUUAGGAGAGAUGUUAGGAUAGAGAGCCAAUCAGCACCUCUCUUUUUUGAGAACCGGACAACUCUUCCUUCUUCAGAUAAACUAUUACGGAUGCGAUCAUCUCUGACACGGAAGUUCAGCACUUAUGCAUUGCCGACACCUGCGGAAACAACAAGAAGUCCCUCAUCGAUUACAAGUCUUCGCAACAACAACAUGGCUUCAUCUAACCCUGCAAAGGCAAUUACAAAACAGAUAUGGCAUUCAUCCCCAUUGGAUGUUCGUGGACCUGCAAAGCUCUCUUCUAGACCAAUGGCAACCUUGAAAGAACAAGUCCUGAGAGAGAGUAACAAGAAUAUAUCUUCUCGGUUGCCUCCGCCUUUAUCAGAUGGACUAAUGUACUCUCGUAUCGGGACACUCAAGAGACGAUCCUUCUCUGGUCCAAUUACAAGUAGACCCUUGCCUAACAAGCCUCUGUCUUCAGCACCUCGUUUGUACUCGGGUCCUAUCCCAAGGAAUCCAGUUUCCAAGUUACCAAAAGUGUCAUCAUCAUCUCCAACUGCUUCUCCUACUUUUGUCUCAACCCCGAAAAUAAGCGAGCUCCAUGAGCUUCCUAGACCACCACCACCAAGCAGCUAUGCUAAGUCCUCUAGGGCAUUUGGAUACUCAGCACCUCUGGUUUCAAAAAGCCAAUUGCUUAGUAAACCUCUAAUUUCAAGUUCACCAUCUCCUCUCCCAACACCACCAACUGCAAUCGUUCGUAGCUUCUCUAUACCUACUAGCAACCGUAGAGCAGCAGAGUUAGAUAUGUCUAAGACGACUCCCUCGCCUCCUUUAACCCCAAUGUCAUUGACCCAUCCACCUCCUUCUGCUCUCCCUGAGCUUGCAGACCACCUAACGAUGUCCAAACAAGAGAGGACUUAAAGGUGUAAGUUGUUUGUAGCUCUACCUAAACACGCUUAUAGGAGGAGGAAGACAUUCACUCUAGUUGCAGAUAUGUAAAUAUCCUCCUGUUUUGUUCCGAGGAUGAGAGGCAUACAGUAAUAAAUAAUUGCCUGAGGAAUUUUGGUUUUCGUAUAAAUCAUAAUAUUAUACUAUAGGGGUCAAAGUAAUGAACUUCUUCAUAUAGACUCAGUUAAAAGUGUAUAUUCUAAAAACUCUUAACGAAGGUUUUGGUUUGAUCA